AUGAGUAAAGCCCAUCCGCCAGAGUUAAAAAGAUACUUGGAUAAAAAACUGUCACUAAAAUUAAAUGCGAAUAGACAGGUAGCAGGCGUGCUACGUGGCUUUGAUCCAUUUAUGAACCUUGUAUUGGAUGAAACAGUAGAAAAAAUCAAAGAUGGUGUUGUGAAUAGUAUUGGGAUGGUGGUUAUAAGAGGAGAUAGUGUUCUAACUAUAGAAGCAUUGGAUAGGAUUGAUCAACAUUAA